AUGUUGAAAAAAUUUGGACAAAAUAGAGAAUAUCAAUCUGAAUCAACAGAAUUAGAUUUAAAACGAACAUAUAUUAAACAUGAACGGCAAAAUUUACUUGACUCUUCUAUUAUUCAAUUACCUCAAUCAAUGCAAAAAAGUAAUGAAACAUUAUUUAUGUCAUCGGUUGAAAAAGCUCGAUUACGAAAUGAAGGUUUAUUAAAAUCAAUUCAAAAAUUAAAUCGUGAAAUUGAUACACAUUUAAAACAACCAGAUGAUAAUAAAUUUGCAAUAUUAAAAAGUAAUUAUUGGGAUAUGGUUAGUAAAUUAUUACCAGUCUGGGAACGUGAAUUAACAGAUUAUGAAAAACGAAAACGACGUGAACAUGGAAAUAAUGUACAAGAUGUAUAA